AUGGCGAUACCCGAUCGAUUCCGUGGGCAUUCACAUGCCUCGCCUGCUUCCUCCACGAUGAUGGAUCAGGAUCCGGAGAAGAAGCCGCAGAUGUUGAAAGGCGGUGUCAAAGAGAUCUUCCGAAUGCGCAUUAUCGCCAUGGCGAUUAUUGUGUCGAUGGGUGGUUUCAUCUUUGGAUACGACACUGGUCAAAUCUCUGGGUUCUUGGAGAUGCCCGAUUUCUUGAACAAAUUCGCGGAUCAGACAGACCCUGAAACAGGCGAGCGCGCUUUCAGCAACUGGAAGUCUGGCUUGAUUGUUGCACUGCUGUCUAUCGGUACCCUAAUGGGUGCUCUAAUCGCGGCCCCUAUCGCCGACAAAUUCGGUCGCAAAUACUCCAUCGUCUUCUGGAACAUCAUCUUUUGCGUUGGAGUCAUCGUACAGAUUACCACAACGAACAUAUGGUACCAGAUCUCCCUUGGUCGUUGGGUCGCAGGCUUGGGUGUAGGCGCACUUUCGGUCCUUACGCCUAUGUACCAAUCCGAAACUGCACCUCGCUACGUCCGAGGUGCACUCGUGUCCUGUUACCAGCUUUUCAUCACCCUCGGCAUUUUCACGGCUUAUUGUAUCAACUACGGUACCAAGUCCGAUGGUAGCUCAGCAUCAUGGAAGAUUCCAAUGGGCGUUGGUUUCAUCUGGUCAGCACUCAUGAUAUUCGGAAUUCUCUUUAUGCAGGAAUCUCCACGAUGGGAAUACCGCAAGGGCAAGGUUGACUCGGCCAUACACACCAUCGCCAUCACGUACGGUGUCCCCCAGGAACACCCGGAAGUCCAGCGCGAAGUCCGGGAGAUCCAGGAGAAGUUGGAGGCCGAGCAAGCGGGCGGAGGUCACCACCCUUGGUACGAGAUCUUUACAGGACCACGUAUGGCGUAUCGUGUACUUCUUGGAGUCGGUCUGCAAGCCCUUCAGCAACUCACGGGUGCCAACUACUACUUCUACUAUGGAACUACGAUCUUCCAGUCAGUCGGUAUUGAAGACCCGUUCGUCACUUCUAUGAUCCUGGGAGGAGUCAACUUUGGCAUGACAUUCCCUGGUCUCUACAUCGUGGAGAGAUUCGGAAGAAGACCCGCACUGAUCACUGGAGGCUUGUGGAUGUUCAUGUGCUUCCUCGUCUUCGCAUCGCUUGGACACUUCGCUUUGGAUAACGGCGACGGUACUACGAGCCAGCCUGUCGGAUAUGCCAUGAUCACAUUUGCGUGCCUCUUCAUCGCUGGUUAUGCUAUGACAUGGGGGCCAAUCAUCUGGGCUGUGAUCGGUGAGAUCUACCCUAGCCGAUACCGUGCAAAGGCAAUGGCUCUCGCAACGGCCAGCAACUGGACCUGGAAUUUCCUCAUCUCUUUCUUCACGCCUUACAUUACGUCUGCCAUCGACUACAGAUACGGUUAUGUCUUCGCCGCCUGCUGCUUCACUGGUGCAGUCGUAGUCUACUUCUUCCUCUGCGAAUCUCACGGCCGUACUCUUGAGGAGAUUGACACCAUGUACAUUCUCCACGUUACCCCAUGGAAGAGCAAGCACUGGUCUCCGACUCCUGGUGAGGACCUACCAAACUUGGACAACACAUUCUUGACGCCAGGAGGGAGAGGCAUUAAGAAGGGCAACGAAGCGAGAGCCCCAGAGCAAUUGCGGAGGGAGAGUGUGCCCGUCACCGAAGCGGACAUGCACGCAAGUGGUGCGAGAGGAGCGGAGUAA